AUGACCGAUUUUAACUGCUUCCGAAAACCUGACUUGAUUAUCCAGGCCAAAAUCUUAGAUUCUCAAAUGAAGAAGCCCCUUGAUGUGGGCUUGCACGGUCUGGAGUCGGCCGGCAACGCGAAGAAGAGCGACGGGUUUUUCGAAAAGGGCAUCCUAAAAGCUUUGAAAAGUGACCCCAUCAUGAUACCAACACUGUUCAAGAAGUGAAAGUUAUUGGGAAUGGCCAUUGCCGUGUGACGGAAAACUGUCGUCGCGUAAAGGGGGUGUGGUUCUGCUUUGGUGGUGGAGGAUCAUACUCUGGCUACGGAAAAAUUGGGUUUGACCGCAUAUUCCUUGUAUAUGAUCAGACUACGGGGAGACAAUUCGGACGUAUAAGCGCACGGAGAAGGAUGAUAUUGUAGACGAUAUGAUUCUAGCGGGGAAAGGGGCACCUCAGCUAAACGUAUAACCUUAAUAGGUGUUUUGUAGGGUG